CCGGGACGCUGAGGGCUCGCCCUGACGGACUGGCCGAGCGGGUGGCGAGAGGCCGGCGCGUUGGGAGCGGGCCGCGCGGCACCAUGUCUGCCAAGGUGCGGCUCAAGAAGCUGGAGCAGCUGCUCCUGGACGGGCCCUGGCGCAACGAGAGCGCCCUGAGCGUGGAGACGCUGCUCGACGUGCUCGUCUGCCUGUACACCGAGUGUAGUCACUCGGCCCUGCGCCGCGACAAGUAUGUGGCCGAGUUCCUCGAGUGGGCUAAACCAUUUACACAACUGGUGAAGGAAAUGCAACUUCAUCGAGAAGACUUCGAAAUAAUUAAAGUAAUCGGAAGAGGUGCUUUUGGUGAGGUUGCUGUUGUCAAAAUGAAGAACACUGAACGCAUAUAUGCCAUGAAAAUCCUCAACAAGUGGGAGAUGCUUAAAAGAGCAGAGACGGCCUGUUUCCGGGAAGAACGCGAUGUGCUGGUGAAUGGGGACUGUCAGUGGAUCACCACACUGCACUAUGCCUUUCAGGAUGAAAAUUACCUGUACUUAGUCAUGGAUUAUUACGUGGGUGGUGAUUUACUGACCCUGCUCAGUAAAUUUGAGGACAAGCUUCCAGAAGAUAUGGCAAGAUUCUACAUUGGUGAAAUGGUGUUGGCUAUUGAUUCCAUCCAUCAGCUUCAUUACGUGCACAGAGACAUUAAACCUGACAAUGUCCUUUUGGAUGUGAAUGGUCAUAUCCGCCUGGCUGACUUUGGAUCGUGUUUGAAGAUGAAUGAUGAUGGAACUGUGCAGUCCUCUGUGGCCGUGGGCACCCCUGACUACAUCUCCCCAGAGAUCCUGCAGGCAAUGGAGGACGGCAUGGGCAAGUACGGCCCCGAGUGCGACUGGUGGUCUCUAGGUGUCUGCAUGUACGAGAUGCUUUAUGGAGAAACACCGUUUUAUGCAGAAUCCCUCGUGGAGACCUAUGGAAAGAUCAUGAACCAUGAAGAGCGGUUUCAGUUCCCAUCUCAUGUCACAGACGUGUCCGAGGAGGCGAAAGACCUCAUCCAGAGGCUGAUCUGCAGCAGGGAGCGCCGGCUGGGACAGAACGGGGUGGAGGACUUCAAGAAGCACGCGUUUUUCCAAGGACUGAACUGGGAAAAUAUACGAAACCUGGAAGCCCCUUACAUCCCGGAUGUGAGCAGUCCUUCCGACACGUCCAACUUUGACGUGGAUGACGACGUGCUGAGGAACGCUGAAAUAUUACCUCCUGGUUCUCAUACGGGCUUUUCUGGAUUACAUUUGCCAUUCAUCGGUUUUACGUUCACCACGGAAAGCUGUUUUUCUGACCGGGGCUCUCUGAAGAGCAUAAUGCAGUCCAGUACGUUAACCAAAGACGAGGGUGUGCAGCGGGAUUUGGAGAACAGCCUGCAGGUUGAAGCCUAUGAGAGGAGGAUCCGGAGGCUGGAACAGGAGAGGCUGGAGCUGAGCAGGAAGCUGCAGGAGUCCACCCAGACCGUCCAGUCCCUCCACGGCUCGGCCCGGGCCCUGGGUAGUUCAGCCCGGGAUAAAGAGAUCAAAAAGCUGAACGAAGAAAUCGAACGUUUGAAGAACAAAAUAGCAGAUUCAAAUAGGCUCGAGCGACAGCUUGAGGACACGGUGACUCUUCGCCAGGAGCACGAGGAUUCCACGCAUCGCCUGAAAGGCCUGGAGAAACAGUACCGCCUGGUGCGGCAGGAAAAGGAGGAUUUCCACAAGCAAUUGAUUGAGGCUUCCGAGCGGUUGAAGUCCCAGGCCCGGGAACUGAAAGACGCCCACCAGCAGCGGAAGCUGGCCCUGCAGGAGUUCUCAGAGCUCAAUGAGCGCAUGGCCGAGCUCCGGUCCCAGAAGCAGAAGGUGUCCCGGCAGCUGCGGGACCGGGAGGAGGAGGUGGAGGCGGCCGUGCAGAAGAUGGACGCGCUGAGGCAGGAGGCCCGCAGGGCCGACAAGAGCAGGAAGGAGCUGGAAGCUCAGCUCGAGGACGCCGUGGCCGAGGCCUCCAAGGAGCGCAAGCUGCGUGAGCACAGCGAGAACUUCUCCAAGCAAAUAGAAAGUGAGCUUGAAGCCCUCAAGAUGAAGCAAGGAGGCCGUGGGCCAGGUGCCGCCUUAGAACAUCAGCAGGAGAUUUCCAAGAUAAAAUCUGAGCUUGAGAAGAAAGUCCUGUUUUAUGAAGAGGAAUUGGUGAGACGCGAGGCCUCCCACGUGCUGGAGGUGAAGAAUGUGAAGAAAGAGGUGCACGACUCUGAAAGCCAGCAGCUGGCCCUGCAGAAGGAGGUUCUGGUGCUGAAGGACAAGUUAGAGAAGUCCAAACGUGAGCGGCACAGUGAGAUGGAGGAGGCCGUGGGCACAGUCAAAGACAAGUACGAACGAGAAAGGGCGAUGCUGCUUGAGGAAAACAAGAAAUUAACUUCUGAAAACGAAAAGCUUUGUUCCUUUGUGGAUAAACUCACAGCUCAGAACAGACAGCUGGAGGAUGAACUGCAGGAUCUGGCAGCCAAGAAGGAGUCGGUUGCCCACUGGGAAGCCCAGAUCGCGGAAAUCAUUCAGUGGGUCAGCGACGAGAAGGAUGCCCGGGGCUAUCUUCAGGCCCUGGCUUCGAAGAUGACCGAAGAGCUCGAGGCGCUGAGGAGCUCCAGCCUGGGGUCAAGGACACUGGAUCCCCUUUGGAAAGUUCGCCGUAGUCAGAAGCUGGACAUGUCUGCACGCCUAGAACUGCAGUCAGCUCUAGAGGCGGAGAUCCGGGCCAAACAGCUCGUCCAGGAGGAGCUGAGGAAGGUCAAGGACAUGAAUCUCUCCUUUGAAAGCAAACUAAAGGAUUCCGAGGCCAAGAAUAGAGAAUUAUUAGAAGAAAUGGAAAUUUUGAAGAAGAAGAUGGAAGAAAAGUUUAGAGCAGAUACUGGACUCAAACUUCCAGACUUUCAGGAUUCUAUUUUUGAGUACUUCAACACUGCACCUCUUGCACACGAUCUGACGUUUAGAACGAGCUCAGCUAGUGAGCAAGAAACACAAGCUCCAAAGCCAGAGGCAUCCCCACCAGUCUCUGUGGCCGCAAGCACAGAACAGCAGGAGGACGUGGCUCGGGCCCCUCAGAGGCCACCCACCGUGCCGCUGCCCACCACACAGACCCUCGCUCUGGCGGGACCAAAGCCGAAAGCGCACCAGUUCAGCAUCAAGUCCUUCUCCAGCCCCACGCAGUGCAGCCACUGCACCUCCCUGAUGGUGGGGCUGAUCCGCCAGGGCUACGCCUGCGAGGUGUGCUCGUUUGCCUGCCACGUGUCUUGCAAGGACAGCGCUCCCCAGGUGUGCCCCAUACCCCCUGAGCAGUCCAAGCGGCCUCUUGGUGUGGACGUACAGAGAGGCAUAGGAACAGCCUACAAGGGCUACGUAAAGGUCCCCAAGCCGACCGGGGUGAAGAAGGGGUGGCAGCGGGCCUACGCAGUGGUCUGUGACUGCAAGCUCUUUCUGUACGAUCUGCCCGAGGGCAAGUCCACCCAGCCUGGCGUCGUGGCCAGCCAAGUCCUAGACCUCAGAGAUGAAGAGUUCUCUGUGAGCUCAGUCCUGGCUUCAGACGUCAUACACGCUUCACGCCGAGAUAUUCCGUGUAUAUUCAGGGUGACGGCCUCUCUCUUAGGUACACCUUCUAAGACCAGCUCGCUGCUCAUUCUGACGGAAAAUGAGAACGAAAAGAGGAAGUGGGUGGGGAUCCUGGAAGGCCUGCAGGCCAUCCUCCACAAGAACCGCCUGAGGAACCUGGUGGUGCACGUCCCGCAGGAGGCCUACGACAGCUCGCUGCCCCUCAUCAAGGCCGUCCUCACGGCCGCCAUCCUGGACGGGGACAGGAUCGCCGUCGGCCUCGAGGAAGGGCUCUACGUCAUAGAGGUGACCCGGGACGUGAUCGUCCGUGUGGCCGACUACAAGAAAGUGUACCAGAUCGAGCUUGCCCCCAAAGAGAGAGUCGCCAUCCUCCUCUGCGGCCGGAACCACCACGUCCACCUGUGUCCGUGGUCCUCCUUUGAUGGCGUGGAGAGCAGCGUGGACAUCAAGCUUCCGGAGACGAAAGGCUGCCAGCUCGUGGCGACCGGGGCGCUGAAGAAGGGCGGCCCCACCUGCCUGUUCGUGGCGGUGAAGCGGCUGGCGCUUUGCUAUGAGAUCCAGAGAACUAAGCCUUUCCACAGGAAGUUCAGCGAGCUUGUGGCCCCCGGCAAUGUACAGUGGAUGGCCGUGGUCAAGGACAAGCUCUGUGUUGGCUACCCUUCCGGGUUCUCUCUGUUGAGCACCCAGGGAGAUGGGCAGGCUCUAAACCUGGUAAAUCCCAAUGACCCCUCGCUUACGUUCCUCUCACAACAGUCUUUUGAUGCCCUUUGUGCUGUGGAGCUCAAAAGUGAGGAGUACCUGCUUUGCUUCAGCCACAUGGGACUGUACGUGGACCCACAAGGCCGGAGGUCACGCACGCAGGAGCUCAUGUGGCCUGCGGCGCCCGUUGCCUGUAGUUGCAGCCCCGCACACGUCACGGUCUACAGCGAGUACGGCGUGGAUGUCUUUGACGUACGCACCAUGGAGUGGGUCCAGACUGUCGGCCUGCGCAGGAUCCGGCCACUGAACUUGGAGGGCAGCCUCAACCUCCUCAACUGCGAGCCUCCCCGCCUGAUCUACUUCAAGAGCAAGUUCUCGGGAGCGGCUCUCAACGUGCCCGACACCUCUGACAACAGCAGGAAGCAGAUGCUGCGGACCAGAAGCAAAAGGCGGUUUGUCUUCAAGGUGCCGGAGGAGGAGAGGCUGCAGCAGCGGCGAGAGAUGCUCAGAGACCCGGAGCUGAGAUCCAAGAUGAUCUCCAACCCCACCAACUUCAACCACGUGGCCCACAUGGGCCCAGGCGACGGGAUGCAGGUGCUCAUGGACCUGCCUCUGAGCGCCAUGCCCCCCUCCCAGGAGGAGAGGCCCGGCCCUGCUCCCGCCAGCCUGUCCCGCCAGCCUCCGCCCAGGAACAAGCCCUACAUCUCGUGGCCCUCAUCAGGUGGAUCUGAGCCCGGCAUGGCUAUGCCUCUAAGAAGUAUGUCUGAUCCCGACCAGGACUUUGACAAAGAGCCUGAUUCGGAUUCCACCAAACACUCGACUCCAUCGAACAGCUCCAACCCCAGCGGCCCACCAAGCCCCAACUCCCCCCACAGGAGCCAGCUCCCCCUUGAAGGCCUGGAGCAGCCGUCCUGCGAUGCCUGA